GGGAGGUAACUCCUGAUGGCGUGUAUCCUGUGUCGAUUGGAUUUCACAUGCGAUCUCAUAGUUUGUGUUUGUGUUCGUUUUGCUGUAGUUUUUCUCAACCUCUGUCAUGAAUUUUUCACCAUUAAUUGAACAUUAAGGAUGACAGUCUGAGAGGAUUUUGCACCAGGACGCACAAGUAGGAAAUAGAUUUUACGCUGACAAAUGAUUAAUCAUCCGUCAAGCUCUUCCAAUAUGGCUACUUCUUCUCUUCCUUUUGACGCUCCAAUUUCUCCACCAUCAUACGAGGAAGCAGUUCAGUCGCCCGCUCCAGAGAUUCCCAGAAUUGAAAUUGCAAGCAAUGAUGAACCACCGCCUUCUUACACUGAGGCUACUAAGGAUGAUGUGUACCCCAGCAGUUAUCUCCCUUCUGAUCAGCCAGAAGUGCAGAGCACGAAUGACCUCACAGGACUAAUUAUUGUUAGCAUAGAAAGGGCUGAUCGCCCCCGGCAAGGGAGGUCACCGGGACUUUUGCAUCAAACCGCAACACAGAACCGGUCACAACCAAGAAGAGAUAGUUCUGGACGAGGAAGUUCUCCAUCUGACCCUCGGGCACAAACUGCAGCCCGAAAGAAGUGGUCAGUCUGUCUACUUGGAGCAAUAAUGGGAGUGUUUGUUGUCGCGGGACUCAUUGCUGCCUCUGUGCUUCGACACUAUCCGUCAUCCUCUCACGGCUCAACCAACCAGGAACCAACAUUUAAGUUUGACUAUCCUACAGUUGAUCCAGCAAUUUUAAAAGAACUUGACAACGUGAAAAAAGAUAGAGACUUUUUAAAAACAAUUUUUUCAACAAACAAGCCCUCCUACUAUUUUGAUAUGUUUGGACAUGACACUACUCCAGAUCCUUUUUCUGGGUGGAAUCAAAUCUCAAAAUGGAAAACGGAAAAACCUUCGACAUUUGAAGAAGAAAUCAAGAAUUUGGAAAAAGAGUAAAUGGCAAAAAGCAAUUUAAGAAUCCUUGAGUACUUCCACGGAUCCAUUCUGAAUGAACUAUUGGUGUCCGAUGAACUUUGACUGGUGACAUUGACAAUUGUCCAUUUUGAUAGAAGUAUGUUGGCAAUACUUUUAUAAUAUGAGUUAUGGUAUAUAUCUCCAUGCGAAAUAUUCCUGAUAUUUAGAUGUCGUGGUGAUUUCAUACAUACAUUUUUUUUGUCUGAAAGGAUCUUCAUAUAUCUGUGCUGUUCAAAGCAGCAUGGAACCAAACUCAGUGUCUGCCACUCAUAUACAUGUGAGGGCAGUAGGCAAGGUGUUUGUUUGUAUGGUUAUGUAAUCAGAGUUAAUGUCCCCACUUUGCUACUAAUGUUUGAACCUAUUGGUAUCCUCUUCAGUAUUGCUGAAACUGACUAAACGUUCAAAACAUUCAAUGACUCUUGUGGUCAGUAUUUGGCUCUGAAGAAUUUCUAAAAACUUUGAAAAAUGUUUUUUGGCAGUAAAGUGCCACAGUUUUUAAAAAAAUAUAUUCUUAAAUGACUUUCUGUAGCAGCUCUGACAUAUUUUUCAGGAACAUUACUAAAAGUGGCAUAAGACCUUAAUAUAUUCUAGAAAAAAAUAAAUUUGAAUUAGUCCACACAGUUCUCUUAUGUAUUUCCCAGCAAUAUUAAAAUAUGCAAGAUUGUCCAAUUAACAUGAUUAAUACUACACCUACACAUAUAUUCACUCAAUAGAUGUGCGUUAUACAUGUUUUCUGGCCGUUUGGAAAUUUGCAAUAUCUUCUCAUGCAUGACCCCAUGGAGACCAUGUCAAACCCUUGGAUACAAUGCCUACUACAGCAGGGGCUUGCUAUUACACAGAGAGAUACUGGCAUACUCUGCCUGACACACAGGUACUGCACACCGAUUCAAGAAUAUACUUUCACGGGCAGUUUCAGGUGUGAUAUAUUUUGAUAUAUUUUUAUAUAUUUGGACAAAUAAUAAAUAAUUAUUUUCCUUCAAUCUGAUACUUCAUAUGGACAGCUAACAUGAUGGCAUGCUUUGGGGUUGUCUGAAAGGAAUAGGUUAGAGUUGUGUUCGGGAGAAGUUCUUACAAAGAUUCUGCACUGACCUUGAACUUGAAAAAUAUUUAAACAUUAUUAUAGAAUGUUUGUACUUUGGGCAUAUGGCAGUAAAUAAAUGCAUAUCUGUUAGCAAAUUAUUUGAAAAUAUAUACCGCACUUACGGAGUAGAGGACAGCCGAUUCUUUCAUAUGACUAUAGUUAAUGUUGUUAUGAGGCGACCAUGCUUGUCGUAAGAGGCGACUAACGGGAUCGGGUGGUCAGGCUCGCUGACUUGGU